UGCAUUGUGGGGAGGGAAGCUGGGGCUCCACUGGGUCAGACCGCACUCCUGGCACCGCCAGCUGUUCCUCCGUCUCCAUCAGCAGCCCACCCAGCUGUCCUGCGCCCAGCACCACUGGCCUGGGGUAGAUGAACUGAUGAGAUGGGCCUCCAUCAGCGCCACGCUGCCCAGGAGAUGCCCCUGCUGCUCCCCUUCACUUUGGGCCCCGCCAUGGCUCCCCGGCCUCCCUUCAUUGCUCGCCUGCUGCUCAUGCUGCCGCUGCUGUACCAGCCGCUCACCCUGACGGCAGGGGCCCAUCGCUUCUCGGCGCCCAACACCACCCUCAACCGUUUGGCACUGGCUCCCGGCCGGGGUGCACUCUAUGUGGGCGCGGUGAACCACCUCUUCCAGCUCAGCCCCGACCUGCAGCUCGAGUCUGUGGCCAUCACUGGCCCCGUCUUCGACAGUCCCGACUGCGUACCCUUCCGGGACCCAGCCGAGUGCCCGCAGGCCCGGCUCACCGACAAUGCCAACCAGCUGCUGCUGGUGAGUGGCCGGGCCCAGGAGCUGGUGGCCUGUGGGCAGGUGCGGCAGGGCGUGUGCGAGAAGCGACGCCUCGACGACGUGGCACAGGUGCUGUAUCAGGCCGAGGACCCUGGCGACGGGCAGUUCGUGGCCGCCAACACCCCGGGGGUGGCCACGGUGGGCCUAGUGGUGCCCGGGCCAGGCCGGGACCUCCUGCUGGUGGCCCGGGGCCUGGCGGGCAAGCUGUCGGGCGGGGUUCCGCCCCUGACCGUGCGCCAGCUAGCCGGGCCACAGCCCUUCUCCAGUGAGGGCCUGGGCCGCCUCGUAGUGGGUGACCUCUCCGACUACAACAACAGCUACGUGGGGGCCUUUGCCGACACCCGCUCGGCCUACUUCGUCUUCCGCCGCCGCGGGGCCCGGACCCAGGCCGAGUACUGCUCCUACGUGGCCCGAGUCUGCCUGGGGGACGCCAACCUCUACUCCUAUGUGGAGGUGCCCCUCACCUGCCGGGGCCAGGGCCUCAUCCAGGCCGCCUUCCUUGCCCCAGGCACCUUGCUAGGGGCAUUUGCCGCAGGCCCGAAGGGGCCGCAGGCGGCCCUGUGCGCCUUUCCCUUGGCCCAGCUGGACGGGAGCAUGGAGCGGGCCCGGCGCCUUUGCUACACGGCAGGCGGCAGGGGCCCCAGCGGCGCAGAGGAAGCCACCGUAGAGUACGGCGUCACAUCACGCUGCGUGACCCUGCCCCCUGACUCUCCUGAGUCGUAUCCCUGUGGCGAUGAACACACCCCCAGCCCCAUCGCUGGCCGCCAGCCUCUGGAGGCUGGGCCUCUGCUGCAGCUCCCGCACUCCAUCAGCGCCAUCGCAGCCCUCCAGGCAGAUGGGCACACGAUAGCCUUCCUGGGGGACGCCCAGGGCCAGCUGCACAAGGUCUUUCUCAAUGGCACCCAAGGCCAGGUAUACCACUCGCAACAGGUGGGGCCCCCGGGCUCGGCCAUUAGCCCCGACCUACUGGUGGACAGCAGCGGUAGCCACCUCUAUGUCCUGACUUCCCAGCAGGUAGACCGGGUACCCGUGGCAGCCUGCCCCCAGUUUCCCAACUGCACCAGCUGCCUCCAGGCUCGGGACCCACUGUGUGGCUGGUGUGUCCUCCAGGGCAGGUGUACCCGCAAGGGCCAAUGCAGGCGCGCAGCCCAGCCCAACCAGUGGCUCUGGAGCUAUGGGGACAACUGCUGCCUGCAUGUCCAGAGCCUGCUGCCGGCCCACCAUCCCCGCCAGGAGCAGGGCCAGGUCACCUUGUCUGUGCCCUGGCUGCCUGCCCUGGCCCCGGAUGAAUACUUCCAUUGUGCCUUUGGGGACUAUGAGAGCUUGGCUCACGUGGAAGGGCCCAACGUGGCCUGCGUCACCCCUCCCCAGGACCAGCUGCCGCUUAAUCCUCCAGGCACAGACCACAUCACCUUGCCCCUGGCCCUGAUGUUUGAGGAUGUGGCCGUGGCCGCCACCAACUUCUCCUUCUAUGACUGUGGUGCUGUCCAGGCCUUGGAGGUGGCUGCCCCGUGCCGUGCCUGUGUGGGCAGCCUUUGGCGGUGCCACUGGUGCCCACAAAGCAGCCUCUGUGUGUAUGGGGAGCACUGCCCGGAGGGCGAGAGAACCAUCUACAGUGCCCUGGAGGUGGACGUCCAGGUGCGUGGCCCGUGGGCUUGUCCCCAAGUCAAGGGCCUGGCGGGCCCCCUCCUGGUGCCUGUGGGCUGGGAGAGCCGUCUGGCCCUGUACGUGCAGAAUCUUCAGCAUUUCCGAGGCCCUCCUGCCUCCUAUCACUGCUGGCUGGAGCUACCUGGAGAACUGCAGAAGCUGCCGGCCUCCCUAGAAGAGACGACUGGCGACACAGGCCUCAUCUACUGCCGGGCCCAGCAGUUCCGCCCCACCAUGGCCCAGCGGGAGCUCCCGGUGCCCAUCUAUGUCACCAGGGGUGAGGGCCAGCGCCUGGACAAUGCUCGCACUCUUCAUGUGACCCUGUACGACUGCGCCGUGGGCCACCCCGACUGCAGCCACUGCCAGGCAGCCAACGGGAGCCUGGGCUGCCUGUGGUGCAGCCAGGGCCAGCCCGCCUGUCGCUACGGGCCGCUGUGCCCACCUGGGGCCGUGGAGCUGCUGUGCCCCAUGCCCAGCAUAGACACGGUUGAGCCCCUGACCGGUCCCCCUGAGGGCGGCUUGGCUCUCACCAUCCUGGGCUCCAACCUGGGCCGGGACUUUGCUGAUGUGCAGGACGCCGUGAGUGUGGCUGGCCGGCCCUGCAGCCCAGACCCCUCUUUCUACCGCACCUCUGACCGGAUUGUGUGUGUGACAUCUCCUGCCCCCAACGGCACUGUGGGGCCAAUCCGAGUGGCCAUUAAGAGUCGGCCACCAGGCAUCUCAACCCAACACUUCACCUACCAGGACCCCGUCCUGCUGAGCCUGAGCCCUCAGUGGGGUCCCCAGGCAGGGGGCACACAGCUCACCAUCCACGGGCAGCACCUCCAGACAGGAGGCAACGUCAGUGCUUUUGUGGGCAGCCAACCCUGUCCUGUCUGGGAGCCAGUGUGUCCUGAGGCCAUCGUGUGCCGCACCAUGCCCCAGGCCAGCCCAGGAGAAGCGGUGGUCCGGGUGGUCUUUGGCCGUGCCCAGCGCACGCUGCUCGCCAGCCCCUUCCACUACACUGCCAAUCCCCAGCUCCUGGCAGCGGAGCCCAGCGUCAGCUUCCGGGGGGGCGGGCGGCUGAUCCGAGUCAGGGGCACAGGCCUGGACGUGGUGCGGCGGCCCCUGCUGUCUGUGUGGUUGGAGGCUGCAGCGGAGGUACAGGCUGUGGGAGCACACCCCUGGGACCCACCCCCAAGGAGGAGCUGUGGGGCUCCUGCUGCAGCCCCUCAGGCUUGUAUCCAGCUUGAGACGGGCUGGCUGCAGUGCUCCACCGUCUGCUCCGUCAACUCAUCCAGCCUCCUCCUGUGCCGGAGCCCCGCAGUGCCAGACGGGGCCAGCCCCCGGCGGGUAUUCUUCUCCCUAGACAACGUGCAUGUGGACUUCGCCAGCGCCAGUGGGGGCCAGGACUUCCUGUACCAGCCUAACCCCCGCCUGGCCCCGCUCAGCCGCGAGGGGCCCAUCCGCCCCUAUCGCCUCAAGCCAGGCAAUAUCCUGGACGUGGAGGGCGAGGGGCUCAACCUGGGGAUCAGCAAGGAGGAGGUGCGUGUGCACAUCGGUGACAGCGAGUGCCUGGUGCAGACGCUCACGCUCACCCACCUAUACUGUGAGCCGCCCCCGCGGGCCCCACACCCCACCAAUGGCUCCAGCACCUUGCCGCAGUUCGUGGUGCAGAUGGGCAACGUGCGGCUGGCCCUGGGCCCUGUCCAGUACGAGGAGGAACCCGUACUGUCUGCCUUCCCGGUGGAGGCCCAGGUGGGCCUGGGCCUGGGCGCAGCCGUGCUGAUCGCGGCCGUGCUCCUCCUCACCCUCAUGUACAGGCACAAGAGCAAGCAGGCCCUGCGAGACUACCAAAAGGUUCUGGUGCAGCUGGAGAACCUGGAGAUUGGCGUGGGCGACCAGUGCCGAAAGGAGUUCACAGAUCUGAUGACCGAGAUGACCGACCUCAGCAGCGACCUGGAGGCCAGCGGCAUCCCCUUCCUGGACUACUGCACGUAUGCCGAGCGCGUCUUCUUCCCCGGGCGCGGCAGCUGCCCGCUGCAGCCUGCCCUUGAGGGGCCGGGGGAAGAGGGCCGCCGUGCCCCCGUGCACCAGGGCCUCAUGCAGCUCUCCAACCUGCUCAACAGCAAGCUCUUCCUUCUCACACUCAUCCAUACCCUGGAGGAGCAGCCCAGCUUCUCCCAGCGGGACCGCUGCCAUGUGGCUUCGCUGCUGUCCCUGGCACUGCACGGCAAGCUCGAGUACCUGACCGACAUCAUGAGGACACUGCUUGGCAACCUGGCUGCCCAUUACGUGCACAGGAACCCCAAGCUCAUGCUGCGCAGGACGGAGACCAUGGUGGAGAAGCUGCUCACCAACUGGGUGUCCAUCUGUCUCUACUCCUUCCUAAGGGAGGUGGCAGGCGAGCCACUGUACAUGCUUCUCCGGGCCAUCCAGUACCAGGUGGACAAGGGCCCCGUGGAUGCUGUGACAGGGAAGGCAAAACGGACCUUGAACGACAGCCGCCUGCUGCGGGAGGACGUGGAGUUCCAGCCCCUGACGCUGAUGGUGCUGGCCAGCCCUGGGGCUGGUGGGGCUGCAGGAAGCGGCGCAGGGCAGCACGUGCCUGCCCGGGUGCUCGACACGGACACAAUCACCCAAGUCAAGGAGAAGGUGUUGGACCAAGUCUACAAGGGCACCCCGUUCUCGCAGAGGCCCUCAGUGCACGACCUAGAUCUUGAGUGGCGCUCAGGCGUGGCUGGCCACCUAACCCUAUCAGAUGAGGACCUGACGUCAGUGACUCAGAACCAGUGGAAAAGACUCAACACUCUGCAGCACUACAAGGUCCCGGAUGGAGCCACGGUGGGGCUCAUCCCCCAGCUGCACAAUGGAGGCGCCGUCUCCCAGAGCCUGGCCCAGAGCUGCCCCUCUGGGGAGAACAUCCCUAUGCUGGAGGACGGUGAAGAGGGCGGGGUCCGCCUCUGGCACCUGGUGAAAGCCACCGAGGAGCCGGAAGGGGCCAAGGCGCGCCGCAGCAGCCUGAAGGAGCGGGAGCGGGAACGGGCUCGGGCCAAGGCCAUCCCAGAGAUCUACCUCACCCGCCUGCUCUCCAUGAAGGGCACACUGCAGAAGUUUGUGGAUGACACCUUCCAGGCCAUCCUCAGCGUGAACCGGCCUGUACCCAUCGCCGUCAAGUACCUGUUUGACUUCCUGGACGAGCUGGCUGAGAAGCAUGGCAUCUUGGAUCCGGAGACCCUGCACAUCUGGAAGACUAACAGCCUGCUGUUGCGGUUCUGGGUGAACACUCUGAAGAACCCACAGGUCAUCUUUGAUGUGCGGGUGUCAGACAACGUGGACGCCAUCCUCGCCGUCAUCGCCCAGACCUUCAUGGACUCCUGCACUGUCUCGGAGCAUAAAGUGGGCCGGGACUCCCCGGUGAACAAACUGCUCUACGCCCGGGAGAUCCCUCGCUACAAGCAGAUGGUGGAGAGAUACUACUCCGACAUUCGCCAGAGCUCUCCAGCGAGUUACCAGGAGAUGAACUCGACUCUGGCGGAGCUCUCCGGGAAUUACACCUCCGCUCCCCACUGUCUGGAAGCUCUGCAAGAGCUCUACAGCCACAUCCACAGGUACUAUGACCAGGUCAUCAGUGCCCUGGAGGAGGACCCCAUGGGCCAGAAGAUGCAGCUGGCUUGCCGCCUGCAGCAGAUUGCCGCCCUGGUGGAGAACAAGGUGACUGACUUGUGAGCUCAGGGAGCAGCAGGCCCCGCCUUCACAAUGCCUUCCCUCCAGCGACCCAGGAGGAGCCAUGGAUGGAGCCAGCGACCCAGGAGUGUCUGGCAGGGAGUGGGACGGGCUCCCUGUCGCCUCUCCCACCGCCCAUCCUUCCUUCCUUCCCCCCCCCCCCCGCCUCCACCCUGCCUGGCUUCUUUCUAAUUUAUAGCCACCCAUCCUUCUCGCUUUCCCCUCCCCGACUGUAUUUAUGUCCUUGCUGGAGAAUCAUAUCUGGAAAUAAAAUACAAAUACGUCUUUUUAGAAGAAGCCUGAUCCCCAGCCCCACGUUCCCCCAUGAGUCCACUCCAUGCCCGUUGGCCCUCCCCUUGGCCCCAUGCCUAUGACUUCCGCUACCUGCGAAAAAGAGGUGUCAUCAGGCACGUCCAGGAAAGCUGCCUGGCCCUCCUGCCCCCAUCUGUGUCCAACCCACCCUCCCGGUUCUUUCCUUGGCACAGGGGCGUAGGAUCAAGCGUACCCCAUCUCGGGGUAACCACAGUCACUGCUAAGCUCCCUCUGCUUCAUUCUAACUCCCUGGCGGUCCCCAGCUGGCCUCCCGGCUCCACUCUUAUCCCUUCCAUUCCCUUCUGGGAGCCCAAGUGCCCAUCAGUCUCUGCCAGAACCCCACACUGGUGUGCAGGCUCCAGGGUCUCCCUUCUUCUUCCCACCCACAGUCACUCUUAAGCCAAGGCCAGCCUCGGAGGUCUCCAGCCCACCCCCUUUCUGGGGACCCGAUGCUUCUCCCCAGUCCCUUGGAUGCAGCCCCAAGGUCACAGGCUCUGGAGGGCUCUGCCUGUCCUGGACGUCCCUCUGUCACCAGCCCCCUAGAGCUAUGGGCUUGUUUCCUUCC